AUGAAGCUAUUCCUAAUAAUCGCUAUUAUCACCGCCACCACGAUGACCGGCCAGCUGGAGUCACCAGCAAUCACUAGGGCCACAUCCCUGGCCACCCGUGAUGUGCCCAGCAGGACGCCUGUCACCCACGAAGGCGGUCAUGCCGAGCCCACCGCCAACAGGACCUUGGUCACCGUCAUUACAAAGGUGACUCCGGCGGCCUCGGCCACCACGACCGUCGUGGCCGGGCCCACAAAGGCGUGGAGAAAGCCGACGCUGGGCGAGUGCUUCAACCACCAGAGGUUCUGCCGCUCCGACUGCGCCGUGAUAAAGUGA